GCGGCCUUAGCAACGGUUGCUGAGCCGGGAAGACUGCAGCAGGGCUGCGGGGCUGGCGGCUGAGACCGGGAGGUCCUGGCAAAGGGCACCGCUUGGUGACAUGGCAUCCAACUAUUGCAUAGGUUCAGACCAAUGGAAGAAAAGAGCAGCAAAACUUGAAUCGAAUGAAACCCAAAAGCAAGAAAUUAAAGAGGCCUUUGAUUUAUUCGAUGUUGAUGGGUCUGGAACCAUAGAUGUGAAAGAAUUGAAGAUUGCAAUGCAAGCCUUAGGAUUUGAACCAAAGAAAGAAGAAAUUAAAAAAAUGAUAGCUGAAAUCGACAAAGAAGGAAUUGGCACCAUUACUUUUGAAGAUUUUUUUGCCAUAAUGAGUGUAAAAAUGAGUGAAAAAAAUGAAAAAGAAGAAAUAUUGAAGGCUUUCAAGUUAUUUGAUGAUGAUGAUACUGGAAGCAUAACACUAAGCAAUAUCAAGAGGGUUGCUAAGGAACUGGGGGAAAAUUUAACAGAUGAUGAACUUCAGGAAAUGCUUGAUGAAGCUGAUCGUGAUAGGGAUGGAGAAAUAAAUGAGGAAGAAUUUUUGAGAAUGAUGAAAAAUACCACUCUUUAUUAAUACUUUUUAAAAUUCCUUUUGGAAAGUUGUUAACAACUUUAUAUUUGUUAAACAGUUCCAUAAUAUCUGAAUGUAUUCUUUAAAAUUUUUAGUUUAUAUGCACAAAUUGGCUUCUUGAUGUCUAAGCAUUGUGAGAAGUUACAUGUUUCCACCAAUAAUAUUGUUUAAUCUGCAGCAUCAAGACACAAAGAAAAUGUAAUGAUUUCUGUGAACCGUGGAUCCAAAACCAGUAUUUAAUUCCAACUGCUACUUUAGAGCUCCAGGAUCUAAAGACUUAGAAUUUUUUUAAGUUUAAUGAAACUUACCCCACAUGCAAAUGGAUUUGGCAAACAAGCAAUUAGUUUCCUUAUUAUUUUCCUUUUGUGCAACUCUUUAAAACUGAUACAUAUUUGCGUUUUAAUCAGUUACUCAGAUAUGGAAAGUAUUAAAUAAAAUUGCCUAGCAACUACAUUAUUUGCUACUUUUCUUCUUAUAAGGAAAAUUCAAAGCAGCACUUAUACUAUAUAGAUUUUCCUAUAAGUUUGACCCUGCAAGUGAGCAUUUAAUACCUCUGUCUUGGGAGGUGCUAAAGAUUUUACAUAUGUUAUCUCAAUAUGUUACAACUUGGAAGCUGGUAGUAUUGGCUCUAUUUUACUAUAUUAUGGGAAACUAAAGUUCAGAGAAUUUAAAAAUUGCUCAACUGUUCAUAGAUAAUAAAUAAAACAUGGAUUCUAUGUCUUGUAUCCUAUGCUUCACUACGCAGCUAUCCUAUGGAUAAAGAAAUCUCAAGAUAACUAAGUAUAUAUUUUCUAACUCAUUUAAUAUUAUGACUCUUGUAAUUUAAGGUUUUCUAUGAAAGAGCCAAACUGUUGGGAAGGCAGUCUCUAGAUACAGUCUUUUGAUUCCCCACGGGGUCACACAAGACUGGGCCUUGGGCCUGGAACACUUCCUUACCGAGAGAGAGUCUCUAUAGCUUGUGCUGGAAUUGUCUAUGAAUAUCUUUGCAUUUCAGACUCCAUGUAUACUUUUUUCUGCUUAAGCACGUGUGUAAUAUGGUGCCUGUGUGUGUAAUAUGGCACCUGGCCAACCCCGCUUCGGAAAGGGGAUGUCCCCUUUGGGGGUGAGUGGGGUCCUUCUGCUGAAACAACAAGAUGGGUGUUAUCUGCAAAUAAGGCUCUGUAUAGGCUUCUGGGAGGGACCUGCUGGCCAUGGGAAACCGACAUUCACUACUGAAACUGAUACUGCUCUGUCUCUAUAUGAGUGAAGCAUUGUUCCACUCAGUAAUUGUGUUUUCCUUGUCAAUUAAACUGAUACCUAGAUGCACUGGGAGAAGCUCUCAGAUUUCUGCUCCUGAUAAUGGGCAACAGAUGCCACUUGCUGGAUAUAAAAUUUCUAAACCUAAGUAAUGAUCUUUGGAGCAAGAAAAGAUUAUAGAAAAUAAACUUUAAUUGCCCCACCUAGUUCAUUUUUAGCUCAACUGAAAUGAAGUUUCAAGGUUUUGUCCACACAAGAGAGGUUUUUUCAAUUGAAACUAGAAUGGCAUCUAUGCUUAUGCUCAU